AUGGCUACCAAGACUGACUCUGCUACCACUCAGCGCAUCAGCCCCGGCUGUGUGCGUUUUACACCCGGCCCUUCAUAUGGGCAUGCCACUUCAGCCCUGAAGAAGAUCCCGCGAUACCUUUUCAGAGUCCAUGCACCAACUACCUCAGGUGAAACAUCACUAGAAUCUGUCGUAUCAAGAGCUGCUCUCUGUGGUCACGCUGGAGCUGGCUGCGAUAUAUUCUCAAUGCCUCCGGGCGAAGCAGCCGAGAUGCUCAACUGCCACCUUCGCGGGUGGGCCAGGGAUGGUGACAAUCUCAUGUCUUGGACAAGCUCAUUACUUUUCGCCCUCCAAUACGCCCUGUAUCGGAGCAUCUUGCCCAGAGACGGGCGGCUCGAGGACCCAUCCGAUAUCUGGAUCUAUAUCUUGGACACAAGACUUCUGCCUGAAGGUUCAUUCAUCCCGGACAUCGCGCUUCUUGACGCAUUCACUGGGAAAGACUCAGCACGCACGUAUAAUCUGUCUAAGCUACGAAAUUUGCGCCGAGAAACCCGGUACAACUUUGGGGAGUAUUUGUGUCAAGGCAAGCUAUCGAUUGAAGGUGUAUGCUCUUCAGCUACCCUUCAAAGUGUCAUCGAUCACGGCCUUUUCAGGCUCUGCCCGGAGCUAGGGAUACCGAAUGAAAAUUUAGAACUGGCAAAAAGGGUCUGCAGGCUUCGCGUCCAGUGCUUCGCUUCUCCCACGCCGGCGACCAAGGCCGACUUCCGCUUUGCCAGCACCAUUGCGCAGGGAUGUUUCGGAGAUGAAGAGGAGUGGGCAAUUCCCAUGACGGCCGCAUUGCUUUCCCUGCGGAAGCGACCGAUGAAUGAUGUUGUCAUCAUGAACGGCUUCAAAGCCCUAUUCUCGGGUAUAUAA